UGAACGUGUUUCCUCAGUGGGGAUAUUGGAAGCCUCCUGGACGUACAGCAACCUCUCUACACGCAGGAUGAAGAAACCGUUAAUCUUGCUAGUCAUAAUUACUUACUUCCCAAUUCUCGUGGCAGUUGGAAUUCCUGCUAACAUCAUGGCAAUCGUAAUUCUCCUCAGAGGAAAGUGUGGUCUCUCCAAAUGUGUCGCCCUUUAUCUGGUGAUGAUGUCUGCCUCGGAUCUGAUGGUGCUUGUCUUUGCGGUCCUCUUUGGACGCAUUAUUUUCAUAUUUCAUCCUGAGUCAUUCCUACAUAUCACACCGCUGUGUAGCCUAAAUAAGGUCCUACUUUACUUAGCUAAAGACACUUCUGUUUGGUUUACAGUGGCAUUCUCCUUUGAUCGUUUCAUUGCUAUUUGUUGCCACAAACUGAAGACAAAAUACUGCACUUGGAGAACUGCCCGCGUGGUAACGCUUAUCAUAUAUGUGCUGUUUAGCAUAAAAAAUAUUCCGAUUUUCUUUGCCUUUAAACCUCAAAUAAAAAUUAAGAAUGUGCCAUGGUUUUGCCAGUUCAAAGAAAUAGUCUUCACUGCACCAGAAUGGAUUGCAUUUGAUUGGAUUGACUACAUAUUGACUCCAUUGAUACCUUUCUUUUUAAUUUUGUUGCUAAAUUCCAUGACAGUUCGGUACAUUUCAGUGGCCAGCAGAGUUCGCAGAAGAAUCCGAAUCACAAAACCGCAAAGUCAAAAUGACCCUGAGAUAAAGAACCGUAGAAAAUCCAUCAUUUUACUCUUCACCAUAUCAGGCAUUUUUAUACUGUUAUGGAUGACUCGAGUUAUCGAUUUUUUCUAUUAUUACAUAACAAGCAAUUUUUCCGACAGAGAUUUCAAUGAUGCUGCAUUUGCCUUAAAAUACUCAGGCGAUAUGUUGCAACUCUUGAGUUCUUGUACAAAUAUGUUUAUUUAUGUGGUGACUCAGGCCAAAUUCAGGGAGGAAUUGAGAAACUUAGCAAAAUAUCCAUUUAUUUGCAUUCUAAAAUUGGUUCAAUCAAAGAAGUGA